AGGUAAAAAGGGCCCCGUAACUAGAAGGUUUGUUGAUUCACGCGCGGCGACCUUGAUAAGGACGCUAACAGCGCGAACCCGUCUCCCCCCCCGUUUCAGACUAUUCCGCCGACCGGCAACGUGGAAAGGAGCGUUCAAACACGUUUAGGGUCCUUCUUCCCUUCUUUUGUAUUUUCGUGUUUGGCACCGCAUCAGUCCUCUUCGAUCUCACUCCAUCAAUACUUCUCCGCCAUCGGCAUCCGCUCGAGCCGACGUUCGAAUCAAUAGUUCUCCUCGGUCGAUCGAUACUUUCUUCUGUUUGGAGUUGGGUAAAAGUAUUCCGGGAGCCAUUCCUCUCUCUCCUCUUAUCGGGCUGAGUCGUGUCGCAUCCUCAAUGGCGGACCCGACCACGCCGUUGUUGGAACCGAGCAAGGAGGCGUUCUUCCACGAGAACUGCCCCGGAUGCAAGCAGGACCGGCGGAACCAACUCCAUCUCGGGAUUCCCUUCCGUGAGUUCUUCUUCAUAUGGAUCGUCGCCCUCUGCUCCGCAUUACCGAUAUCGUCAUUGUAUCCGUUCUUGUACUUCAUGAUACGUGACUUGAAUAUAGCCAAACGAGCACAAGAUAUUGGUUUUUUUGCAGGUUUCGUUGGAUCGGCAUUUAUGUUGGGAAGAUCUUUGACUUCAAUAUUCUGGGGAAUGGUGGCUGAUCGUUAUGGAAGGAAACCAGUUAUAAUGAUCAGUCUGUUUGCAAUAAUUGUAUUUAACACGUUAUUUGGGCUCAGCAAAAGUUACUGGAUGGCAAUCACGACGAGAUUACUUCUUGGACUCUUAAGUGGAUUACUUGGUCCAAUACAGGCUUAUGCUUCGGAAGUCUGCCGAAAAGAGUAUCAAACUCUAGGAUUAUCAAUUGUUGAUACAUCAUGGGCCAUGGGUUUGAUCUUUGGUCCAGCUAUUGGUGGUUUUCUUGCACAGCCUGCAGAGAAAUAUCCAAGCAUAUUUGCUAGGGAGUGGUUAUUUGGGAGGUUUCCUUACUUCUUACCCUGCCUCUGCAUAUCACUGUUUUCAGUUGCUGCAUUUAUAGUCUGCUUAUGGCUUCCGGAAACUAUGCACAUGCACAGUGAAUGUAGCCUGGAGUAUGAACCUAUUGAAGUCACGGAGGCACCACCACAUUGUCCUAACUUGAAAGGAUAUGGUAGAGAAACUAAACAAAGAAGAUGGUUCUCUGAACAAAGUAUAUUGAGGAAUAGGCUGUUGAUGUCAUCAAUUGUUCUGUAUUGUAUUUUUGGACUUCAAAGUACAGCUUAUACUGAGAUAUUCUCUCUAUGGGCUGUGAGCAAUAAAAGUUAUGGAGGACUUGGCUUUUCAUCUCAGGAAGUUGGAUCGGUGCUCGCAAUCUCGGGUAUCAGCCUUCUGGUUUAUCAAUUAGUUUUUUUCCCAUGUAUUGCGAAACAUCUGGGACCAAUUAAUUUCACCCGUGUGGUAGCGGUGCUAUUGAUGCCAUUGCUUGCAAGUUACCCAUAUAUGGCAAAGCUAUCUGGACUUGACUUGAAAUUGACAGUAAAUUGUGCAUCUUUAUUGAGGAGUAUUUUCUCUUCAACCAUCACCAUUGGAUUGAAUAUUCUUAUGAACAACGCUGUGUCUCAACAUAAAAGAGGUGCUGCAAAUGGGAUGGCUGUGACUGCUCUAUCCCUGUUUAAAGCUGUUGCUCCAGCAGGUGCAGGAACUUUUCCCAGCUGGUUCUUGCAUAACAAUCAUAAUUCCCUAAGGUGGUGCAGACUUUGGACAUCAAGAGCGAGAUUUUCAUGGGCACAGAACCAUCAAGGUGUUUCUAUUUUCUCAGGUGACUACAUUGUUUUCUUUGUCUUGGACAUAUUUGGGCUAGUUGGUCUCAUGUUGACCUUCAAACCCUUUCUAACUCAACCUGGUAAGGAGGAGAUCACAGCGAAUAACUGAGGGCCUUCAUCGGAUGAAAUGCCACAAGACCGUGUCACUGGUUCAUGCCAUGGUAUACAAUAUAUGCUACUUUUCAUCUAAAUAUUAUCAUAUAAUAAAUUUCAGAAUGGAUUGUCGAAAUAAGUGAACAGCAUUCCGUGGUUUUAUGUCGUCUAAUUACUUGUAAUUUUCAUCACAAUUGUACUA